AUGGGAGAACUAAAACAAGAAAAACCUUUUAAAGAAUAUUUGGCUGAAAUAGAGAAACCGGAAUAUGACGAUGCGGAUGCUUCUUGGGGAUUACCGGAAAAUCCUACUACUCUUGAAAAGGCCAAGUAUGAAUUGUGCGAGAAAAUAUUAGGUUAUCAGCAAGAUAAUAAUUUAUCCGAUAAAGAAAUCGCCCAAAAAAUUCACUUGACUAUGGGGGAAACUAGGGACAUUUUAUAUUGUCAUAUUGAUUACUUUACCCUCGACCGCUUAAUUACUUAUGCGGGGUGGCUUUUCUCUCCUUCGCAAGUAAAA